CGAGGGGAGAAGGACGGGGAGCUGUUGUCAAAGGGCUACUGCACCUGUUGGAUAGCUGCUUUGCUGCAGAAGCCUAGGGGUGUCAAGUUUAUCGCCUCCGCGCCCUCCUUUUUCUUUUCCGUACCUAUAAUGAGAAGGAAUUGUUUUUCUUUUUCUCUCCCCGCUCCCCAUGAGAGGGAUGCUUAUGUUUUAUUUGGUUCGCCUUUCUUUAAGAUCGUCGAAUUUAAGUCUGGUGGGAAUGAAAGUCCCUUGUUUGUCUGAAAAGGCAAAUGAAGGAUGGCUGCUGAAUGUUCGUGGCAAAAUAACCUGGAUCACGACAGUGACAGUAAUGAUGACACAGAAGAUGUAUCACUCUUUGAUGCUGAUGAUGAAAUGUCCAGGAGGCCCAAGAAAUCAAAGAUCAAACAUCCAAUAGCUUCCUUUUUCCACUUGUUCUUCCGUGUCAGUGCAAUAAUCGUCUACUUGCUCUCUGAACUGUUCAACAGCUAUAUUGCCUGUAUGGUGACGGUCAUCCUGCUUCUGUCAUGUGACUUCUGGGCAGUAAAGAAUGUCACAGGCAGGCUGAUGGUUGGCCUUCGUUGGUGGAACCAGGUUGAUGAUGAUGGCAAAAGCCACUGGGUGUUUGAAGCCAGGAAGGCAUCUGCUCAGGGAAAGAAGGCCACAUCAGAAGCAGAAUCCAUGAUCUUCUGGUUAGGAUUGAUCACUUGUCCAUUGCUUUGGGUGAUUUUUGCCUUCAGUGCCCUAUUUUCCUUCAGAGUUAAGUGGCUGGCAGUGGUGAUUAUGGGGAUGGCAUUGCAAGGAGCAAACCUUUAUGGGUAUAUCCGAUGCAAAGUGGGCAGCAGGAAGAAUCUGACCAGUGUGGCAACAUCAUACUUAGGCAGGCAGCUACUGCGGCAGACUGUGUCCAAAGAAGACCAAGCAGUAUCUUGAAGACUAUGAAGAAUUCCUGGUUUCCGUUUUGGUUCCUUCUGGAGAAUGAAAGGACUGUUUCCUUAUACAGAAGAUAUAUAAGAUGUGUAUGGAUUUUUGUAAUUAAAUAUACCUUAUAGAAACGCUAGUUACCUCUCGUUUGUUAUAACAUAUUUGCAGGAUCCUUUCUGGCACUUAAUUAGUGCUGGACUCUUUAAAAUCAUUUCAUUUAUAUGUAAGGAAAAUAUUUUAAUGGCAGACAGUGGCUGUUUAUAACACUAUAGUCGUUAAGCAACAGGGUGUGCCAGUGAGCUUUGCUGUAAAAUAUUGGCUAGCCUUAAAAGCUGCUCAUCUGACUAGCCCAUGAUUCUGUGAUGAGUUAGUUGUGUAGCUGGAGAAAUCUCCCGAGCUUACAUGGAAAUUAUCUUUUCUAAAUUUUGUCUUCUAUCUGAUCAGCCGUGACAACAGACAGGUAGAGGAGUACAUCUGCAUUCAAAGAAGAUUGUAUAGGAUACAAAAUUCGCAUGGUCAUUCUGAUUUGCUGAGUAGGAAAAGAAAAUAAGUAAAGCACACUCUAGGCAAUCUUCUGUAGAAAGUAAAGAGCAGUAAUGGUGGUUUGAUUGUGAUUUCUGCAAACCAAUGUAAUAGUCUUCUCUUUGGUAAAGCACAGUUGCAGACAAAAGUUAAGAACCCUUCUUCCUGUAAUAAGAGGGAAAUAAUGGUUUGUUUUAAGGGAAUUGAUAAAACUGUAGCAUAGCAUUGCAUGAAGAACCCUGAGCUUGGAUUCUUCCUCCCCACUUUUUCAUUGAUACAGCUGGGAGGUAGAGUUUACAAGCCUUAGCUUCCAUUUUUAACUAACCAUCAUUUAGUGUUAUGCUGGUCCAUCUUUGGUCAGUCUGAAUUAUGGUUUACUGAAACAGGCAAAUUUCCAAGUGGUGCUUUAUGAAAUUAGGUUGUUUCAGUAAACUUCAAAUGGUGGUCUGUGCAUUUAUUUAUUUUUAAUUUAUAUGCCACAUUUGUUCCUACAGGGGACCCAAGGUGGCUCACAAACAAUUGAGCUCCUGGUUUAUGAAAUCGGGUUGUUUCAGUAAAUUUGGAUUAACCACAGUUUAAGUUCAGACAUAGUGAGAAAUUGUGUUUAAUUGCAAAUAGAAGCAGGAACUUCUGAUCACACAGCUGCACAAGAAGAGAGAGAGGAAUGCACAAAUCUAAGGCUAAUUGACAUAAUUCUCAAUCAUAGCUUGACUAUAUUUGGGUGUAGCUUACAUAAAUUGCAGUUCAGGAGAAAGUUUGGGGCCUAAAUGUGUAUGUGUAUUAAUAUAUUAAGUGAUUGGGUCUUCCUGGUGUACAGUCAUGUAUGUUGUCUGGAAUUUCCUAUUACUUUUUCCACCUCACAGAGAAUGCAUUCCAUGUUGCUGAGUAUGACUGACCACAUGGAGGCCCAAUUUCAUAUAAAAUAUUCUGUAGACAGGAAAAAGAGGCUUUCUUUUGCCCCUUGUCUUGGGCAUAUGCCUGAGUCACAUGAGCCUGAUCCUAAGCGGAUAGCAUUAUCAGUACUGAAACCAUUUAUAAAAGAUAUCCCUCAAAUGGAUGGGAAAUCUUUCCACAUGAGUGACAAUUUGUACAGUUAGUUUGGGCCAUGGAAAUAGAUCCAUCCUGCUCUGAACAAGUGAUGUGCAUUAUAACCAUAAAUUCAGUUCAGAUUAGUUUGGAUUGCCAGUGUGGUGUCCCAUAGCAAAGCCCCUUUUAAAAAGCUGUGUUUUCUUUUGGUUUCUCUGCCACAGACUGAAGUGAAUCCUGUGAACAAGCCCUAGCAUGUUCAUAGCAUGGCAGGGUGGGCUGCUUGUCAGCCUAGAAAUCUGAUUAUGCUUGGUGGAUGUACCUCUAAUUAAACUCUGGCUGGGAUCCUCGUGAAGUUCUGAGCAGAAAGUUCCACCAGUGUAGUUGUGGGGAUUAUACGGCUUGCAGAGGCAUUGCCGUUUCACAGGGAGGAGGCUGAUUUUAUUUGACGAGGCCAUCAGUUGUGCAACAUCUACACUUGUGCAAGCAGCACAAUCCUGUGUCAUUACACUAGCUGAACCUCAGUAGGAUACUAGGCUUUUUUUUCUAAUAUUAGUUGUGGAUUUCUCUCCAUCUUUAAAUGGGAAUUACAUUUCAUCACCUAUUAAAAAAGAGUUGGCAAGGUGUGACUAAUAAAGAAACAGUAGCUAAAAUUCUAUUGCUUAACCUAAACAAAGUCCUACAUUUCUCAUCAGUAAAUAAAGGCCCCCCACUGCACUUCUUGGGGACUCGAUGCAGCAGGAAUUCUUUAUUUUCUGAUGAGGAAUAGACUGAGAUGUACAACUUUGCCUAGAUUAUACAACAAGAUUUUUACCGUCAAGUCUAAUGAAGUGUGAAUAUCAUGUUGUCUAAAGGUAAAGGUAGCUUCAUGUUUGUGGUCAUGAGGAGAAUCUGAAUUAAUAUGAUUGUUUCAAGGAGUGUUGAAACUUAAAGUUUGUGUUUUGGUAUUCGAGAAAUGUGGGUUUUCCUUCUGGGGAUAGUAAAGCAAUGUAUUUAAAAUCUCUGACCUCUGUUGUGCAUGUUUGUGAAAUCUUUCAAAUUGACAUGUUUUCAAAGAAAUGAACAUGUUUUUUCAAACAAAUAUAUAUAUUUUUAAAGUUG